ACAUCCGGCCACCAUCAGAAUACCCAGUUGAACGCUCAAGCCUAAAGUAUAAUAGCUGGAGCUGCCCCGCCGCGCAACGCCACCGCGCAAAGCCGGUACAGUACGGUCGAUAUACGAUCUUGAUUUUGUGAUCUUAAAGAAACAUUAUUCGUUCAUAUCGCAUUAACUACCGGUCAGCAGUGGUUGAAAGAUGUUCAAAAUUACUUUGUGCUUUAUUUUGGCGGGAACCGCAAUCAGUGCUUCAAGUUCAAGAUAUAAUGUAGUUUUAGUUGUCAUUGAUGACUUUCGUCCAGUGAUAUCAGGAUAUGGUGAUGUGUUAGCCAAAACUCCUAAUAUUGAUAACUUUAUGAAGAAUAGUUUCUAUUUUACCAGAGCUUAUAGUCAGCAAGCACUCUGUGCACCAAGUCGGAACUCAUUUCUUACUGGACGAAGACCAGAUACCUUGAGACUCUAUGAUUUCUACAGCUAUUGGCGAACGAACGUCGGCAACUACACAACUCUGCCACAGUACUUCAAAGAGAAUGGAUACACAACUUAUUCAGUUGGUAAGAUCUUUCAUCCAGGUGUCUCAUCGAACAACAACGAUGACUAUCCGUUGAGUUGGAGUCGACCCCCGUUUCAUCCGCAGACAGAAAAGUUUAUGAACUCACCGGUUUGCCUGGAUGGCAGUGGUGUACUUAAGAAGAACCUCAUUUGUCCUGUUCUGCUAGAGUCGCAGCCAUUGAAGACUCUGCCAGACAUCGAGUCGGUCAAGGAAGCCAAGCGAUUCCUAAGUUCGGAAGCAAAGAAGCCUUUCUUCCUAGCUCUGGGAUUUCAUAAGCCCCAUAUUAACUUUCGCUUUCCCAAGGAGUUUCUUAAUGAGUUCCGUUUGGAAGAUUUCAAAAACUACACCGAGGAUUCGUAUAAGCCCGAUGGAAUGCCCAAUGUCGCCUGGAACCCUUUUACCGAUGUCCGUUCUCGUGAUGACUUCAAGCGUAGGAAUAUCUCAUUUCCUUACGGGCCCAUUCCGAGUGUUCAGAGAUCUGCCAUUAGACAGGCGUACUAUGCUUCUGUAGCCUACGUCGAUGAUCUUUUUGGGAAGUUCAUGGAAAGUGUCAAUCGCAGUAAUACCAUAGUCUUACUCACAGGCGACCAUGGUUGGUCACUUGGAGAACACGGUGAAUGGGCCAAGUACAGUAAUUUCGAGGUUGCAGUUCGAGUUCCAUUGAUCAUUCAAAGCCCUGAAUUUGCAUUGACCAAGAGCAAACGUAUCAAAUCUAUUGUAGAAUUAGUGGAUAUUUUUCCGACCCUCGUUGAUCUUGCAAAACUACCUCCACUCCCUAAGUGCCAAGACAAAAGAAACGAGAUCUUGUGUAGUGAAGGAAAAAGUAUCUAUCAUUAUCUUUUGGACCCUGAUAGUAGUGAUUUGAUGAUGCAUGCUCUAAGUCAAUAUCCUCGACCUGGAUGGGAACCCACGAAGCACCCGAAUAGUGAUAAGCCACGGUUGAAGAACAUAAAAGUUAUGGGAUAUUCUAUGAGAACAGAUAACUUUCGAUACACCCUGUGGGUGAAGUUUCAUCCUGGGAAUUUUACAAAGGAUUGGACUCAGAUCUACGGUGAAGAAAUGUAUGAUCAUCGAAUUGAUUCGGGGGAGUUUAUAAAUUUGAUUGGAAGAGAUGAGUUUUCUGGAAUUAGAAUGUGGCUACGACACCAACUGGUAACUGCAUUUUCGAACUAAAGAAUGAAGGUCGUUGAAUCAAAAUCUUUGGCAGAAGUUUGAUGUUAAUUAUUUGAGUAUAUGAAUGUUUGUGAAAUGUGAUUGAAUAAUUUUUUGUAAGUAGGGAAAGGAAGAAAGAUUUUUUUAAACUAAUAAAAAAAGGUUA